GAAACGCCGUCAUGUGACCUGGAUGUAGCCUUUCUGAUAGACUCGUCAGGAAGUAUGUCACCUAAUGGCUUUGAUCAAGAAAAAGAUUUCGUCAAAAAAGCAGCCAAAGAGUUGGGUGUGGCACCAGGCAAGAGUCGGGCAGCAGUUAUACAGUUUGCUCUCAAUGCAACGGAGAAGAUUGGAUUCAAAGAGGUUCGAGCAUUGGCUGAUUUUGAAAGUGCCGUUGACGACAUUAAAUAUCGAACAGAAGGCACCGUGACACGUAUCGAUAAUGGGUUGAGCAAAGCUAAAGAGGUGUUCGAGAAAGUCCGCUCAAGCGACAGAAUAAAGCUUCUCCUUCUGCUAACAGAUGGAGAACAGCCCAUUGAAGAUGAAAAAUUAAAACAGUUGUCCUCUGAAUUGCGCAAUGCUGGUAUCCGCCUUCUCGCUGUUGGUAUUGGUAGUGGAGUCAACGAAAAGCAGCUGAAACUUAUUGCGGGGGACGAUGCAAACGCGAUAACUGCCACUGAUUUCAACCAUUUGAAGGACAAGCUAGGUUCAUUGGUAAAAAAAGCCUGUGGUAAGUUAUUACAAUCUGAAAAAAAAAAACAAGAGAAAGCGAGAGAAAAGCGAAAAAAGGAAUACGGAUGCCGACCAAACUAAAACGAAUUGCAUUUAUGUAAAUAUUGAGAAACAGCGACGUUACGUUUUCGGUUUUGCGUUGAUUUGAAUCAAUGCUUGACUUUAUUCCCAAACAAUGUUGCGAUGACUUAAAAUAAAUUUUGUAGAGAAAAGAAGUUUCUUUUACUACCGUAGUUUAAGCUGUUAUAUAUAGUUAACGAAAACAGCGAAACAUCAGCAAAAAUAUUGUGAUCUCGCCCUCCUAUUCAGUAUUCUACUGGACGGUUUCUAAUUUAUUUUUUUGAGCCGUGUUUAUUGCGUGACAGUGAAAACAAAGAAUAUGUAUCGAGCGUCGACGCUGAUUGAGAAUGGUCUUUCGUUGUUUUGUGCAGCAGGAGGUCACGUGACCUUUCUCAUGUUAAAGUUAUGAGAUAAAGCUCUUACCGGUGGUGGUUUGAGUAACCGCCAAAGUUUACGCGGUUAGGGGGAAGUCGAUGGAACGCACGCCUUCGAUUCAGAAGAACUAAUUUCUAUAACAGAAUGAUAGUUUAUAAGUUGCAAAAAUUGUAUAAAUUUAUUUCAGCUUGUCCGGUGAAUGUGGCUUUUAUCUUGGAUGCCUCAGGAAGUAUAACUGAUGUAUUUCUCAAAGAGAAGGAGGUCGUCCUCGAUCUAACAAAGGAUAUGAACAUUGGAGGAGCUGAUCAAACAGACACGAGCAAGGUAGCUCUGAUGCACUUCAGCCAUUUACCGAUAAUCGAUGGCCUCUUCGGAGAGUAUGCGACCACGUCCGAGUUCCAGGGAGGUCUCAAGGCGUUGCCUUUCAUCGGCAAACAAACACGAAUCGACAGGGCCCUGUCAAAAGCUUCCAGUGAAAUAUUCAAAACAAUAUCCAUCAGCCGCCCUAACAUUGCCAUUAUUUUCACCGAUGGUGUGCAGACUAAAGACUUAUCUUGGGAAAUUCCAAAAGGCCUUAGAGACGCCUCCCAACCCUUGAAAGACAAAGGUGUUCGGGUUAUUGCAGUUGGUGUUACCGCUAAUGCAAAUAAGGAAAGACUCAGGUUGAUGACAGACAGAUUGGAGGAUGUCGUGGUGAACACUGAUAAAGCUGUUGUGGUAGAAGAGUUAAAAGGGAUCCUUAAAAACGCCUGCAGUGAGUAUCUAUAA